AUGUUCGAUGGUCGGAACAAAGGACAUGCAUCCUUCUCUUCUCGCAGUGACUCCAAGGAAAUCCCUGAGCACGAACUUACCAUACGUGAGAUGUAUCCUGCAUCAUCAUCUCGUAGAGGCAAACAAGCUAAGACAACAAACAUGGAAGUGAUGAGGGAAAUAUUCGCAAAACUACUGCUUGGAGAGGACAUGUCAGGUGGUGGGGAAGGCGUGACCUCUGCGUUAGCUUUGUCAAAUGCCAUCACCAACCUCGCUGAUUCAGUGUUUGGAGAGCAGAUGAAAUUGCAGCCUAUGGAUCCGAAGAGAAAAAAGAUUUGGAGAAAAGAAAUGAAAUGGUUAUUAUCUGUGGUUGAUCACAUUGUCCAGUUCGUUCCUUCUAAACAAGUGGCCAAAACCGGGAAUUUCACUGAGAUCAUGGUAACUAAAAAAAGAGAUGAUCUGCUGAUAAACAUUCCAGCCUUGCGCAAGCUUGACUCGGUUCUUCUCGAGACUUUGGACAAGUUCAAGGAUCAUAAAGAGUUUUGGUAUGUCCCAAGAGAUGUUGAGAAUACAGAGAACAAUGGAGACCAGAAGAAAGAUGAUCAGAACCCAUGUUUACCAGUUGUUAAGUUCCCAUCUGAUGGCUUGUCUGAGGAAUCACGUAAAUUUUUGCGUAGUCAAAAAGAAUCUGUGUCACAAGUCCUUAAAGCCGCCACAGCAAUCAAUGCUCAAGUAUUGUCUGAAAUGCGCAUUCCUGACAACUACAUUGACUCUCUUCCAAAGAAGGGGAAGACAAGCCUGGGGGAUUUCCUUUACAAGAGUGUAACAGAUGAAUACUUUGAUCCUGGCUACUUCCUUUCUUCCUGUGAUUUGUCAACGAAACACAAAGUUCUUGAUCUAAAGAACAGGAUUGAAUCUUCCAUGGUGAUCUGGAAGAGGAAGAUGAACCAUAAAGAGCAGUGGGGAUCCCUUGUUAGCUUGGAGAAGAGGGAGCUUUUCGAGGUCCGAGUUGAGACCAUUUUAGCUAUGCUCAAACAAAAAUUCCCUGAGAUUCUACAAUCUUCACUUGAAAUCUCAAAGAUUAAAAACAACAAGGACGUUGGACAUGCUAUUUUGGAGAGCUAUUCAAGAGUAUUAGAAAGCCUGGCUUCGAAGAUAAUGUCAAGAAUAGAGAAUGUUCUUGAAGCUGAUGUGGUAGCUCACAUACAACUGCUGGAAGAGACAGAGAGAAGAGAAAGCGAGGCAGAAUCAGAGUGUGAAAAAACCGAAAAGGUGGUUUCAGCAGUAAAGCGAAAAUCAACGAAACUAGCAGACUUGAUAGGGUGGAGAGUUUCAUCAGAUACGGAGCUUAGUUUGACGAGUGAUAUAGAGAUAUCACACGAAGCUGAGCAGGAGAAGGAGAUUAUGAAGUCUCCAAUUAGAGUUCAACCAAUGAAACUUUCAUAUCUUGCAAAGUUACAAAACAUGAGAAGCCCGAAUGAGAGACACUGA